AUGCGACUAAAGCAGCGGUUGAAGGCGCUAGUAGAUGGCACAUUGAAGACCGAGGUGACGAAGCGUCAGGAUUUCAGGGAGGACCAGAAGAUACGUCAACAGAUCAAGGAACGAAUGACGUUGCAGCUCCCUCUGUUCUGUAGUUCUCGGCCAGAGUUUGACGGUCGGCAUGGCCUGGUUUACAAGUUGCUGAAAUCCUCUCCGCAGCGCUUGAAAAACGGUGUUUUGACCACACAUGAUAUGAUGUUCUGGUUGAGGCAGAAGAAAAUUGUGCCUGCUCUUUGGAUCGUCAAGUUAGCCGGCCCGCACGUUGGCCAGGUUCCUCGGAAUCAGUUGUUACAGUGGCUUGGUGAAAACAACGAAAAAAGACAUAUCGAGACUGUACUAAAGUGGACAAAGAAAUGGGGGAUCAAGGACAAUGCGAGAUCUGCGGUUAUAGCCUCUGAUCCGAAGACUGUGGCCGAGGCGAGAUCGAUCUACAAGGCGACCGGGACAGACAAGAAGAGCCGACAGAUUCUCGGCAAUGCGCUGCUCAAGAAGGUUGUUACUUAUAAUGCUGAUGAAGUCUAUGCAUUCUACAAGAGUCUCAAUAAGGAUGUGCGCACGUUUCAGACCAUGUUUGCCGGGAUGUUCAAGAACCCCGAACUAAUGAAGUACCGCGAGGAGAUCUGGGAAACGGUCAAUCGCCACUCAAAAGCAAACAAUUUGGUGAUUGACAGCAAGCUGAAAGAGACGUACGAAGCGACGGCCAAACUCACCGAAUGCAAAGUGUUGGCGGGCCAACCCAGCUAG